UCUCCCUCAGUUUGCUUGGGAACAACCUCCCUCCGAGACCGUCUCUGUACCCCAUACCUCCACACUGCGGGGUAAGAUGAACCCGCCACCUGCUCCAGAAAAAACGAACAAGAAGGUCUCUAGAGCAUGCAACACCUGUCGUCUCAAGCGGAAAAAGUGCGACGGCCUAGAUCCCUGUUUUUUCUGCAAAGAAACUAAGGUCGAAUGCUCCUAUUCGCGCGAGCCUCGUCGUCGGGGCCCACCCUCUGGCUAUCUGCGCUACACGGAGACACGAGUGACACUGCUCGAGACUCUGCUCGGUCUUUGUAUCCUCAAACUUCGGGGGACUGUGUCAUUCUCCGAUAUAUGCCUGCAGUGCGUGGAGGUUCUCCAUACGGAGAGUAAGACAUGCACCCAGGAUGUGUGGGACGCCUACAAGGUCGUUUGGACCGGUACAGAUGCUGCCAAGAUCCUCGAUGAUCUAACAAAUACCUUUGCCCCGUUCGCCCAGCGGACCGACCAGGAGACAUUUGCCAAGCCUUUGCUGCCGCCGCCGAAUCCCAAUUUGAAGUCAGGGAAUGGACAGCAGCAGUCACCUUCGACACCUUCACAGCCGACCUUCUAUCAUGCCAAGGCCAAUGGUCAUUCGCACUCGCCGACUGUCAUGCAGACGACGCCAUCGCCUACCAACGAGCAACCUCAUUUGUCUUAUAAUCUUCCUAGCUAUUCCAUGUCGCGCGAGUCUUUUGAGCGUACACACACGCCACCUCCCCAGCUCAAAAAGUAUGAUGCACCCGCAUGGCCACGCGAAGACAUUGAUUUUCCCUUUCCUGUAACAUCUCCUACGACCUCCAGAGCGCCCUUGCUAUCAUACCCAUCCCCGAUCUCAAAUGCUUUUCCUGUGCCCACACCCCCUGACGUGGAGAUGGCCACAGACCUAGAUUACAAAGGGCUCCCAGACGAGUCCAAUCCAGCGUAUACUGGCAGCUACUGGCGCUCCGCUGAUUUUGAAGCAAUGUCACCGUCAUCCAAACCUGAUUUUCCCCCUCCAACGGAGCAAAUUGAUCUACCUCCUCAGCAUAUUCUCACCAAUCUCGUUGACGUCUACUAUACACACGUACACCCCAGUUAUCCUUUGCUACCUCCACGGCAUCUCAUCGAGCCGAAACUCACAGCGCCUACGGUGUCGGAAGGCACAACAUGCCUCAUGCUCGCGUUAUGUGCCUAUGCUGGCCGGCUGUCACCGUCAAAUCCGGCUUUGACUGUUUUUGGAGGUGAUCCGAGCAAAAUUGCCGCCGAUUUAUGGUAUGAGCAGGCACGCGCUGCUAUGAGUGCUCUUCUACGGAAGGGCAGCCGACUUGAGAGCGUUCAGACACUUCUGUUGCUUGCGCUGCGAGACCAUGGACGCGGGUCUGAGGGCCAAGCAUGGUUACUCAUAGGUCUCGCCGUGCGUAUGGCACAGGAACUCGAGUUAAAACCAACAUCAGAAGUGUGGGGUGUAUGUCUGACUCUCGACCUUCUUCUCUCUUUGCAGCUUGGUCGACCUCCAGGAAUUGUCGAUGCCCUUCGUCCACCCCCUGGCGUCGUGGACGAUUCAGACGACCUAUUUGUUCAGACGUCUUCAUUAUGCCGAAUCGUUUCUCGUAUCAAUCUGCACCUUUAUCUUGGAUUCGAAUUUCCGGCUGGAAACCCUAUGGAGGCGCUCAAGGGGGAGCUUGAUCGGUGGCAUCACGACCUUCCUGUCCAGUUUCGUAUAUCUCUUGGCCAUCAACCAGAGCGCAGGGUCUUGGAGAUCAACAUGUUCCACCAAGUGGCCAUCAUCCUACUCUAUCGACCCUUUUUCAAAGACAAAACGACACACGCAGCAUUCCUUGAUGCUGCGUCAACAUUCAACGUUCUUCUUGACAAACUCACAGUGAACCCUUCCUCCCUGGCGCAGUCAAAUCCUGCGAUGAUAUACCUUAUAUUCACCACUGCGAUCGCCCAUCUCUCCGGGUACAAGCUAUCGGUCCGACCGACUCUCCGUCUGCAGACCCAACUACACCUGAUGAACUGCGCAGAGGCGCUGAAAACUAUUGGCGGGACGUGGGAGCUUGCGAGGCGAUGUUGGCGAAGGCUGGACCGGCUCAUGGACGUCGAAGGGCUGAACCCCCAAAACGAAGGCGACGGGACCAAGCGGAAGCGAGACAAGGAGGAGGACCACCCGGUGAGGAACCUGCUUGGGAAAAGGGAGGAAUCUACUGCCGUGUACGCGUCGGACGGGCUGUACGCGCCGACGGCUAUGAUGGAUUGGAAUAAGGACGGCGUCGCGGUUUCGCCAUUGUUCUUGCCCGAGGAUAUAUUCGACCCGACUGUCAACAUCUUCUCGUCCGGCUGGGCGCAAGAUCCAGCAGGCUCUGGUACAAUAGAUGCCUUGAGUUGGGAUGGCGAAUGGGACGAGAAGCUCUGGGGGAAGAGCUUUGGAUUUGAGGGGAUGACGGGGUAAUCCUUUACCUUUCCUUUUAAAGAUAUAAUUAUUGGUUGGAUUUAUUAUGUGUUGUACUAUUACUGUACUGUUCGUGUUGUAGUCUACGACUUGCCUUUGACCGCCUUAGCUUUUACAUUCACAGCUAAUUCAUCUCCCACUCUUCAGGGUUUCGGGCUCGAAUAUAUCAAAAAUACCCGUUCCACUCUCCUCACAAUCCUUAAUCGACCUA